AUAGAAAAAUAAACAGUGCUUAAGAACUUUGGCUAUUUCUGAACGCUGUGUGUUAAAUUCUACGAUUAAAAUUAAUUUGUUAUCAGAUAUUUUUUGGGAUAAAGUUCAAGGAUUUUUAGUUAUGCUAACACCAAUAGCUGAUGCAAUUAAAAUAACGGAAGCAGAUAGUCCAAUGCUGUCAUCUAUAGUUGAAAUUUUUUAUAUCUUAGAAGAAAAUAAUAAUCAAAACAUAGUAGCUAGUCCUUUAACUAAAAAAGAAGAAGCAGAAAUGAAGAAACUAUUUGCAAAAAGAAAAAAAUUUUGCUUAACAGAAAUUCAUAUGGCUGCUAAUCUACUUGACCCCAAGUAUCAAGGAAGAUAUUUAAAUGGGGAGCAAAAGAUUGAUGCAUGUGAAAUAAUCCAUUCAAUUGCUGUAAAUUCGUCUAAUAUCAAAAUAGAUAUUUUGAUGUCUGAUUUAGCAAAUUACCAAUGUAAAGGAGGCGUUUUUUCAAAAAGUUUUUUAUGGACAGCAAUUGACUUAACAUUUGCUCCGAAUUGGUGGAAGGGAUUAUGUUCAUCUACUGAAUUAUCCAAAGUAGCAGCAAAAAUUCUUCAGCUUCCAGCUACAAGUGCUGCUUGUGAGAGAAGUUUUAGCAGUUAUGCAAAUAUUCACAAUGCCAAAAGAAACAGGUUGACAAAUAAAAGGGCAGGCAAAUUAGUGUUUGUAUCACAAAAUUUAAGAUUGGAAGCAAUGGAUAUGUGUCUAACACAACAACCAAUCUUGCCUAAAGAAUCAUUAAAUACAUCAGAUGAAUCUCGUGAAUCAAUCAAUAUUUCAGAUGACUCACUAGAUCAAGAAUUAUCUGAACUUUACAAUCAUGAUUCUUCAGGAGAUGAAUUUUAAAUAACAAAACCUGAAAUAAAACUGUUGUUUUCUAUUAAAUUUUGAAUUCAAAUUUUUACUAAAUAAAAAUUUGAA